AUGCCUACCUCAAACGACACCAACAACCCAAUUGGCUUCGUCACCUCGACCUUGGGAAACGGAGUCUCUGGAGUGGCCAAGACAGCUGGAGGCAUCGUCGGUGCCGCAGGCCGAGGCGUCGGGCAAACAGUUACCGGUGUAACAGGAAGCGCGGGAAAACCGGUCGGAGACGCGCUGGAGGCUGUAGGGAAUGGCGUGGAGGGAGGGGCCAAGAGCGUAGGAGAUGGGGUCGAGGAUGCUGGCAAGGGAAAGAAAGGAUUCUGGGUUAAAAUAACGGAGUGUGACUCAAAGUCUCCGGAAAUGGAAUCGAACACAGGCUACUCUACGGAAUUGUACGAUUUACGAUUUAAAGGGUUUACUAUCUCACAAGUCGAAUCGAUCAUGGUCUCUACGUCCUGA